AGAAACUGUAAAGCAAUCUUGAAAUAGAAUGAAGAUCUUUGCUAAAAGAAGACAUCAAGCUUUGUCAUUUUAAGGAUUUGAGAUAAUUCUUCAUUUUUAUUGAAGAUAUUUGAAAUGAAUAAAUCUCAUCUCCAGAAUUACAAUAAUCUUUUCAUUUCCUGUAAUUUUAUGGACCUCAGAAAAAUUUAUGAAAAAAAUGAAUAAAUAAUAUGUAUUGAUUCAUAUCUCUAUUAGAUUUAAAUAUGAGGGGAUAUGUUCAUCGGGAUGUAUUGCUGUGGGCUCAAAUAUAGUAAAUUGCAAUUAGCUCUCAAUAUGGUAAUCAGAUUAGAAAUAAGAUUUGAUCUUAACAUAAUCUCAAUCUUUAUAAAAAUUUGACUAUAAGUAUAAACAAUCUAGAAUAAUAAUAAUUAUUAUGGACUUAUAGUAUAUAUACCUCAG